GCGCCAUGUGACCGCGCCGGGGCCAGUUCCACCCGAGUGGCGGCGGGACGGCACGGCAGGGCAGCUGCCCGCCUUUCACUCCCCACAGCUUUGUCCUUCGCCUGUUUUUGUUUUUUUUUUUCCUUCUCCCUCCUCGGUGUUCGGCGCCUUUCAAGAGGCGGCGACCGCCGCUGGAAGCACUGGCUGCCGGUCAGCGCGGUGCGGAGCCAGCCGCCGCUGUUCGCCUACAGCGCGGCAGUAGCAGGCGGGAGGCAAUGCCGCCUGCCCUCUGGCGUUCCCCGCUGCCCGCCCGGGCUCCCGGAGGCGUCGGCGCCGCCUGAGCAGCCGGCGGGGAGGACAGGCGGGUACCGGAGGCGCUGAAUGCAAGCGCGACCAGUGGCUACCGCUUGCCAUGUGGGCUAGUAGCGCCUGGCCCGGGCAGGUCUCCGGCAGCCGGUGAGCGGAGCGGAGUGGCGGCAGGGCCGGGCGGCGGGGAGGCGGCCCCGCGCCGCCGCCGGGACCAUGAUGAAAGAGGAGUGCAAAGCGCUGCUGGACGCGCUCAACAAGGUUACCGCCUGCUACCGGCACAUGGUGCUGACCAUCGGCGGCACCUCGGACUCCCAGAACCUGCGGGAGGAGCUCAAGAAAACCCGGCAGAAAGCCCAGGAGCUAGCGGUGGCCAACAGGAACAAGCUCACCACGGUCCUAAAGGACAAAACCGUGACUAAGGAAGAUAAAGCCGAGUUCGAGAGGCUAUGGGUGAUUUUCUCCACGUGCCUAGAGAUCCUGGAGAUUGACAUGAGGAGAGCCCUGGAGCUGGGCCACGAGUUCCCGCUAAAUGUCCCCAAAAAGCACCUGAUCCAGACAGGCAUGAGCGGGGGAACCUCUGGCGUGGCCGCCAGGGCGAUGAGCAUCCAGAACAUGAAGUACGAGGCCGAGCACAAUAUAGACGUCGUGGAUUUGAAAGACCUCGAGAACGAAAUCAACCAGGUAGGAGAGAUGAUGUACGAGAUGGAAAUGAAGGUCAGUGUCCCCCAGUGGACAGUAGAGGCUAAGCAAGACCCAGGGGCUGAACUGAAGUCCACCAUCAGCGUGGGCGCUUCUUCUAUUGGCAUGAUCUCUGUGGAGGAAAACAAAUCCUUCUGUGAUAUCAGCAAAGUCCUAGCUGGGAUUAUUUUCUCCGCUGUGCUCAUUAUCGCUAUUGUCCUGGCAGUGUGUGUGGUAAAACUCUCUUAGGGUGGUGCAGGCUCUGGCAAGAGCCACCCCCUUCCAGUCUCUCGUUGGAGCGUGUCACACCUCACCUUUAAUUUCAAAACGGGUCACUUGGAUGAGCUCAGAACUUAAACCUAGCACUUGGAAAAACAAACCUAAACUUUUGCGUCUCAAUAUCCUAAAAUGCGGGAUUUGUUCUUUCUUGCUUUUUGAAGAAAAGAGAUGCAAAUCAGCCAGCAGAAUAGGAUGUCUUCAUCUGCUGGACUUGUAAUGGUUAACUCUGAAGUUACCAGGGUAUUAGCACUACUGGCUAUAGCAGGGAUUUGUCUGCUAUUAAUAGAUCACUGUUCUCAGAAGCCUGCAUUUUUUGUUCUUGAAUAGCCUCUGGCGUUUGCUGCUGGUCACUGUUUACAGUAUUUGGGAGUAAUACAAAUUUGGAAGCUAACACAGGUGUUUUGUCUGACAAAGUGAAUAGAAUACAGGGGAUUGGGGUUUUUUUGUUUUGUUUUUCCAUCAAAUACCCAAAAUGCUAUUUCAGUGGAGGAAAAGGGGAGGGAUGAAAACCCCUAUAAAAGAAUGUAAACAACCUGUAUUUUAGACAAGUUAAUGGCUGGGGAGCGGGGAGGUGUGGAGGAGGAUGGAGAAAACGAAUAAGCCAUGUUUGAUACCAAAUACUGUUUGUUGAUUUAGACUAGACUGUCUAGAACCCAGUUGCAAGGGUUGGCAGAGCACACGUAAAUGAAUAAUGGCUUUCCAAAUCCAGAGAGAAAAAAGGGAGGGUUGCAUAUUUAGAAAAAUACUAGCAAGCCUCAUGGUUCUCAUCCACAUUUAGCCUGGUUUUGUCUUCCCCUGCAGAAAGGCUGAUUCUUGCCACUGGUUUGAACUUCUCUUUCUGUCAAAGCAAACAGUUUGCACUUCACAAUUAACUAUGAGAACAGGAGCAAUUAAUCUAUCUGCAGCAGAAGCAGUAAUUUUUAAAUAGAUUUUGACAAAAGUGAUGUCGAGUUAAAGCAGACCUUUCUAAUCCAAAGAGAUUAUUGUUGACAUGCAAGGAAGGAUUGAUCCCUGUGUAUGUGUAGUCACAUUUCUGCAAGCUUCUGAAUUCUUUGCAGAAAUCUAGACAAAGCUAAAAACGUGCCUCAGUUUCAUCUCUCAUUUCAUGUCUGAUUAAUCAUCUAGCAAACAGGAAGCCUGUAGGAUUAGUCCAACUUGAUACACUGCAAUUUUGGGAGGUAAGUGCAAGACCAGUGUAAAACUUUGCAGUGCUUCCCUAUUAAAUUGUCAACGUUUAAAUGUAAAACUGGGGGGACAGACACUAACUUGAUAGAGAAGCUCUAUGUUUUGUAAAAGGACCUCUGUAUUAUGGUAUUUAUUAUGUAACUUACAUAAAUAUGUUCUUUUACUGUGAACACAUACUAUCCUUUCAAGAAUGCUUGGUACAUACUUUAUAGUGCCAUAGGUGUAUGAGGCGCACUCCACAGGUAAAUAUAAAGACCCUGUAGUACUGGGGGUUUAAUAAAUUGUUAUUCUUCUGCAUUGAUUGCUAUGGACACAUCAAAAAGUAACAAUCAGACAUGUUUUGUGAAGUUACUAGGCAACAGUCUUCAUGCUUGUUAAAUAAAAUUAUGUUGCCAAUACUCAUAAACAGCUAAUAUUUUUGAGUGAAAAACUAAACAUACUUUGGAAGACUACAGCAAACAGUUUAUUCUUUAAGAGAACUGGAUUUGGGGAGAAAAAGUGCAUGACAAAUUCGAAUCUGGUCACUUGUAGGCAAGAAAAAAAAACAGGUGGGGAAAAAUAGUAAGUGGAGGCUUGAAUUAAAGGCUACAGACUACCAUUACAUUGAAGGAUAAUGUGAAUUCUGCACAUUGAUCCAGUCUGGCUCCAGUCUCAUGGAAAUUCACAGCUUUAUAAGAUGACUCCACAUUCCUUUCUAUUGUAUUUCGCUCACUCCAUAGGAUGUGUUUUAUACAUAGUUAAUCUAGGUUUGUAGAGAUCCCUGGCAGCACUAACAAAGUCAAGCCUGUAUUUAUCGGUGCUACUGUUUCUGUCUGUCUAGAGAAGGUGUAAUUGCUGUGUGUUGAUUUAAGUGAGAUCUCCUUCACAGUCAGAUUGAGUAAACAUAUUUAUGGAAAAUACAGCAAAAGCUGCAGGAGAAUGUACAUAUUUGGAUUGUCACCACUAGUCACUAUGGAUUAGUGGGUAUUUUCACUCUUUGCACUCUCCUUAGUUCACAGGAAGGUAGAUGAGAAGUUGGACUCUAUUCUGUGCUUCUUGAAAACUCCAUGUUCCUUUUGAAAUCAGGUCUUUUAACCAUGUGUUCUGAAAACGCAAGUAAUACACGUCACAUUUCUGGUGGAUAAGUAAAUGGCAACACCUCUGGCAUUCAUUAUCUUGUAUCCUGAAGUGGGUGUAUUGUUUAGCCACGGUUAGUUGUGUAGAAGAAUUUUUAAGAAUAGUGAAUCUCAUCUUCAGAAGCAAGACUCAGUGACUUGGUAUAUUGUCGAUUUUCAGUCCAUUGCAUUUUUUUCAGUUUGGAUUUUUUGAUACAGGACUCAAAGAAUUCAUGUAAGUUGUCCAUAAUUAUGUAAGUCUUGCUUCAUAAUGAAUAUGCACACAAUUAGUAUUUAAAGAAUUGAACCCUGGAAAAACGAUGUCUUUUCAAAUCUUAAGAGAAAGCUGGCUGCAGAUUUAUUAAUCAUUAGUUUAUACCUAAAAAUCUGUAUCGUUAUAUUUAGGCUAUCUGAAAUUAAAAGAUGAAGUAGAAUUCUAACAGAGGAUUGGCACCAUCUAAAGGGACAACAUUCCUGCCAUUAAUUUCCUACACUUGAUACAAGCGUUGACACAGUGUGACAGUUCAGGCAUGACAGCGCACAAAAUCAAAACAAGAUGAAACCACCAUUGCCCAAAAGUACUGAUGUUUCUUUUAAAUUAAGAAAUAAAGAGAUGUGGAUUUGCAGUCUUCAUUUUUCCCCCCACACUGGAAUGCAACUGGAAGAAGGCCGGAAAUGCUAUUUUUGUAAGUGAAAAAUAGGAAGUCAAACUUCAAAAUAGUCUAUAUUUAAAUAACACCAUGAAAAUGCAAAUACUCUCAUGCUGAUCAGUGAAUGAGAAUGUUAUUGUGUUUUCAGUACAAAAGAUUAUGGUCAUUGCUUAAUUUCAAUGUUGUUCAGUUCUUUUGUCUUUAUUCACAGGAUACACACAUUAAAUUUACUGUAUACUAAAAUCUUAUUCCUGACUUGAAUUACACUGGUUUUGCCUGUGCAUGGGUGGUAUUUUCUACACUUUGAAUAAUUUGAACUUGUUACUGUCACUAUUUAUUUAACUUAAAAUAAAGUAUGUUCUUACAACUUA